AUGGCAUUGGAGGCAGUGGGAGGAGCUGCUCUGGGAGCAUUAUUUGGGACGCUGCUUGAUGGUGUUAUAGCGGUGUGGUCGAAGACUAUAAUGUUUAAAACCCACCUCAGAGAUCUCAAAUUCACCAUGGACUCUUUUCAGCAAGUGGAUGAAGAUGUAAGACAACAUCCCAACAUAUCGUUUCGCCCCAUCCCGGGCCUAGAAAGGUUUAGGAUCCAAAUGAAGAAGGGCGUUCAGCUCGUUGACAAGUGCUCCAAGGUUCGUCCAUGGAAGUUAAACGCUUUCAAAAAGCCUAUUUACACCAGCAAACUUGUUGCAUUGAAUGCAUCUCUCAAUACACUGUUAAGUGUACUGACAGUGCACAUAAUAAGUGAUACGAGGGCUCGGGUAAUCAAUGUGGCAACAACAUUGAACCAAAUCGAUGCGAAUAUUGUAGCACAAUAUCAAAAUCAAAACCAAAUUAGAGGUUGGUGUGCAAUACCUGAGCCUCCACCCUUCACUGUUGGAUUGGAUGUGCAUGUGGAGGAGUUGAAGAUGGAGCUUCUUAAAGACGAGGCAUCAAUGCUUGUGGUGACUGGUCUUGGAGGAUGCGGGAAAACCACACUGGCACAAAAGAUUUGCAAAGAACAGAAAAUCAAAGAGAAAUUCAAAGGCAAUCUCUUUUUUGUCAUUGUUUCAAAGAAGUCCAACUGCCUUGUUGUACAAGAACUAUGUCGAAAAACUGGAUCCCUGGUACCUUCUUUCCAAGAAGAAGCAAUUGCAUUUAACUGGCUGCAAGAAUUUCUGAAUACAACAGGACAAGAUCCUCUACUUUUGGUCCUGGAUGAUGUGUCGCCGGGAUCAGACUCCCUUCUUGAUAAGCUUGAUGAAUUCAAAAGGCCAAAUCACAACAUUUUGGUGACAUCAAGAGUUCAAUUUCCAAGAUUUGGUCCUGCAUAUCUUUUAGGAACAUUGGAACCAGGAGAUGCAAUGACACUUUUUCGUCAUUUAGCAUCCCGGUCUGAUAGGAGCUCUUAUAUACCGGACAAUCUAGCAGAACAG